AUGCCCAUCCGCAACCCCUUCGCCCGCAGACCCGGCGCUGCCAUCGGCGUUCAGGAUGAGAACGCCCGGCCUAUCGAUGACCGUCUCAACCCCUCGCACCCCGGAUUCGAAAAGGUCGACACUGUCGGCUCCAAGGCCUCUUCUGCUCUCAGCAUCAACAGCGGACCGACAUGCGAAUACAAGAUGAGCGAAGAGAAGGCCGCUUGGCCUAAGAAGUAUCUCUCGUCAGCCCGCAACUCGACAGACACGCGCAACGGCAGCGUCGGCGACAUUGAGCACUUUUCGAUUUCCCGCGAGUCUUUCGAUUCCUAUAGGCGAUCAUUUGACAUCUCGGCCCGGUCGCCGAUGCCGUCGCAUGACCUCCCGGCGCGCCAAUCUCUCGACUCGCACCGAUUUCCCCGUCUGCCACGGUCGGCCUUUGAUCGCAAGGCCGCCCACGAACCGCCGACGGUUGAGGAAUCUCACUUUGAGGACGUCGGCCUCAACGACGACCACAAGCACGGACAACCACAGCGCAAACGCGGCCUCUUUGCGCGGUUUGGCGACUCGAACACGGAUCUGCACAAGGAGACGCCGUCGAGCCAGCCCAACAACAAUGCCAUGUCGCGGUUCCUCGGACGCAAGCGAGGACAGAGCCAGAGCGGCCAGGGUGCCGAGCUCGGCAGCAUGGAAAGGCCGACGACGGCGACGCCGGUCGAGGCGCAGGAGGUGCACUGA